UCUCCGAACUUGGUGACGCAGUCUGAUACAUCAAAAGUGAGUUUGGCGGGGCUCGGCCGACUCAGUUGGGCCUCACUCCAGGAAGCAAAUGAUAGCUGUUGCAUGCCCCCAAAGGUCCCAGUGAAAACCUGGGCUCGGGGCAGUAACAGGUGGAAGAAAAAUGACGAAACGUGGGGUCCGACAGAGGUAAGAGAUGAUGCCCGAGAUGAUCAGAAAUUACAAGUCAUCAGUGUUGCAAUAGGAGUGUCAACGGUACACAUGUUCUCUAAGUUUGCUUUUAAUACUAGAUACUUCUCUGCGCAUUUGGACCGGAAGCCUAAAGAUGAUUAGACUUAGACCAAACGAGCUUCGAUUUGAUCGAAUUGACUUCAGUUUGGAUCAUCAAGUUCAAUUCUAAGCAAUUCUAAAGCUUCUAAAAAAUAUUCAAGAAAAACAUGGGGGGAGGACACCAGUGGGACUGUCUUGCUGCUUCGUGCUGCAGCCGCCGCGGCGGAUUUUUCUUGCCAUCAGUCGUCUUUCUCUAGACACUGAAACUCUGGCAUGUUUGGCAUUGCUCAAGUAGGCUGAGGGUUUGCGUGCCUUUGCACGCCUCAGCCAUGUGCAAGGAAGGCUGGCAGCAUCCUUUGAGCCUUGAAGAGGUCCGCCAAGCGGCUGACAACGAAGAGGCAUGGGCGGCGAAGGCCUUGGAUCAGCUGCGGAGACUUGAGCGCUGUGCUCACAACCCAGCGAAAUUGCAUUUGUCGUACUGUGCCUGGCUUCACCGCAUUGCAUCGCAGCAGGGCCGGCAGCGCUAUGCGGAUCCAGCGACGGGGCUGGGUGUUUUUACUGCGACUGCCUUGAAGACAAUGGCCUGUUGCGGUUUUCAUUGCCGCCAUUGUCCACACGGCCAAGGACCAGGCGGUCAGCUAUCGCCUGAAGAGAAGCUGGUUUUGCUGGACUGGUGAGUUAAGGUUUUUAUCCGUUGUUCCAAGUUGCACAAAAAGAUGCAACCAUCAGGGUCAAGUACCAUAAACUUGCACAGAUCAUUCCGUCCACAAUAUUCCCAUUGUUUUUGCCAAAAAACGAAUAUUUUCCAUGAUUCUUGUGGAUUCCGAACCUGAAGCACAAAAGGAAAGACAGGCAAGUGAGGGGAACAAUCCGAGCUGGAUGCAAGUCCAUGAAUCGGAGGAACCCGGUGUCCAGUUUAUUGUCGUCUCAGUAAGUCGGACUCAUUUAGAAUGAUGCUGCCAGCCCAACCCUGCAAAUCUGGCUUUUCCUGGCAGAUCCCAAUUGGUGAGAGUUUGAAGGUUCACUACUUCCAGGGAACUCGAGAAGCGUUGCUUUCAAUAUCCUCACCCUUGGCGAUGACCAAUGAAUCGAGGGAAGAAGUGGAAAUGUUUAAA